GACGGACUCGAAAAAGGCGCCACCGCCCCCUCCUCCUAGUGGCGAUGGUGGGCCGAAGACCAAAGCCCCACCUCCGAGGGAGGGAUUUUUCGACACGUGGUGGUGCUUCAACUGCAAAGCCAAGGUCUCCAUCCAGGCAACGUCCAUGAGCACGCCACGCAUUGGAUAUGCCCCCACCCAGGACGAGGUGUCCGUCAAGCGAAGCGUCUGCGGAUGUGGGAAGUGGAGACCGAGGAGCGCUCCGCUCAUCAACCAUGGUCAAGCCGCAGAAGAUCGCUUCGUGGCCAAGGGUGCAACAGCCGUGCCGGUGAUCCUCAACCGGAAGGAGGUGGUGAACCGAGGUUCGGGGAUGGGCCUGGAAGCUCCCCUUACCGAAGGGUCACACCCAUCCACUGAUGGAGGAGCUGUGGACAUCGUGGACGAAUCAGAGGAAGUGGUCGAAGUCGAGGAGGAGGAGAUGGGUAUUCCGUCUCAGACCGCAGAUGACGUGGUGGCUCCCACCCCGACUGAGACAACAGCAAUGGAGGUGGAUGAGCUCGAGCCGGUUUCGACCUGCAUCCCUCCUACAGCAAAAGUCUUCUGGGAUCCCUGCAAAGGCCUAUCCGGGGCAGAGCGUUUGGCGUCCACCCCAGCCUAG